AUGGAACACAGAAGAUUGCGCAAAGGGCCGCUGCCUGGAGGUCGUCAGGGCGCGUCUGGAGCUGGCGCUGGACGCGACAGCAUGCGAACCGCCAGCCGAGCGCGAGGUGCUGCACGACCACCCAGCAGCCCCUUGCAUCCAUCGUCCCCACCAGCUUGCUUGGUGUCGGCAGGGUCUUCGCAGACCCAGCAAUCGGCACCCGCCACUGGUGGAGUACGCCGCAUGCGAUGGACCAUCAAUAUGAAUACAAACGCAUUGCGGGCGUAUUUUAGGGCGAAAGGGGGAGAAAUUGGAAGUUUCGCGUAUCGGGCUAGGAUGCAUCGUCUUUUUACUGAGCUGGAGCCAUCUAUUACUGUCACCGAGCAAAACCUGGCAGACCGAGUUCGGUAUAUCUUACGCUCAAAUAUAUUUGAUGGCGCCGAACUCGAACGGCUACGACGUGAGGCUGUUCCCUCAUCAAAUGAAAACGCUACGACUGGGGGUGCGGUGCCACAAGUUGCAGAACAACCCGCACACGUGGAUGCCGCCGAGAAUACCCCAGUGGUUGCUGAUUCAAAUGAUGAUGGAACAUUCACCCAGGAACUAGAAGUAGAGCAAAUGAGGAGUACAUUGGAAGAGGCGAUUAUGGAAACGCGCAGUACGCCUCUCGAAAAUCGACCGCGACUUCCCCGCAUAGCCCUAAGCAAGCGGAAUCGGGCUGUCCUGAGGGCUCUGAACCCAAUACUGGUGACCUAUUUGGAAGCCAGCCGGGACCUUUGCGAGACGGACUCAAUUCUCUUUGGCGCCGCACUGGCAGUCUGCCGUAUUAUAGGCGCCAAACUUUCCACGGCUGGACGCACUACUGGACAAAGUAGUGCUAUCCCAGCCUGGAGAACAAGAAUUGAAGAACGUAUCGCAAAGGCUAGGGCCCUCAUCGGCAGACUGAUAUGCUUCAGGUCAGGCAAUACCAGGCCAAGGAUUGUGCGCACCGUCAGGAUGGCGUUUGCUGGGACAAAUGUUAGUUUGUCCCAGCCGGAUAUAAUGCAAAAACUGACGGAGCGCAUAGACGACCUGAAGCAGAGAAUCGCUGCUUGGGGAAAGCGAAUUCGGCGAUAUACCGAGAGGUCGACACGGUUCAACCAGAAUCGUCUCUUCCAAAGUGAUCAGAAGAGGCUCUAUAAAUCAUUGGAGCGACCAAUGGUAAGUGGAACGGGCCCAGUACCGAAUCAGGCCGACACGGUCGCAUUCUGGCGCAGCCUGUGGUCAGAGCCCGUAAACCACAACGAGGGCCCUUGGAUGGAAGUUGUGGCGAGUCAGUGUGCGGGUAUUACGCCCAUGGACCCCGUCACCAUAACGCCGGAUGACGUAGCUGAGGCGGUCCGUAGGGCCCCGAACUGGAAAAGUCCGGGACCGGACGGGCUGCAUCAUUACUGGCUGAAGUGGGCGAAAGGGGAAGAAACUGUGGGAAUAGCGUAUAGGUCUCGGAUGCAUUGCUUUUUUGCUGAGCUGGAGCCGUCUAUCCCCGUCACGGAACAAAACCUGGCAGACCGAGUUCGGUACAUCAUGCGCUCGAAAAUAUUUGAUGAUGCCGAGCUCGAACGACUACGACGUGAGGCUAUUCCGUCGUCGAAUGAAUCAGCUAUGGCUGGGGAUGCGGCUCCACAUUCGACAGACCAGCAUCCACGCGUGGAAGCCGCCAUGGAUCUUCCAGUUGUGGUUGAUUCGAACGACGAUGAAAUAGUCUCCCACGAACUGGAACAAAUGAGGAGUAUAUUGGAAGAGGCGAUUUUGGAAACGCGCACCACCCCUCUCGAAAAUCGACCGUGA